AUGAGCCAGGAUUUAGAGGACCAAAUUGGGUCCUCCAGACAAAAUGGCCACGUCAAGUUCGAUGACGAAGGAAACAAUGUAAGCGGAACAAAAGGAGACGGAAAGCCGUCUGCAUCGAAAAUAAAUCAAAAUGAUGCUUUUGACGACAGUUCAAGUGAUGACGAAGCUCCAGAAGAAGAAGGCAUGGCCGCUUCCGAAACAGCUGCUAAAACUAGAGAAGAAUUGCGUCAAAAAUCGCUGGAGAAAGAGCAGGAAGAGUUGAAACAGAGAAGACGGCAACAGAGCCAGAAGUUUGCCGAACAACAAGAACAAAAAAGACAAAGGGAACACCAGGAACUUGCAGAGGUUGGAAAACCGACAACUGAACAAGAAUUCCAAUUAGAUCUCCCCGACGAACUUCCGGACCAGUUUUUCGAAAACCUCGAACAAGAGCAGAUGACAACGGUUACACAACUACCGAAACACAUCAAUUUUAAUGAUGUAGACGAAAAUUUGACACAGGAGCUCAAACAAGAGCUAAAGAUUCAGAAGAGAAAAACUCUUCAACGGCUGCGGAAACAAAGUCUCAAACGCGGUCCCGUUAUAGUAAAUCUGCUCAAUUCCAACACUGAAAGAAAGACAAUGGCACCCAAGAAAGCAGUCCAAAUCACACAAACAAAGGACAAAUGGCUGAGGCGCAAGGCGCUUAAACGCACCUGGUAG